AUUUAACAGGAGUCGGAGAUGAUCUAUGGCCGGAAAAGGGGAGAUCAUCCAAAUUCAUAUUGGUCAGGCGGGGGUGCAGAUAGCCAAUGCCUGCUGGGAGCUCUACUGCCUGGAGCAUGGCGUCAUUGCCAAUGGCCGUUUGAUACAACAGCCGCCAGAUGACUCAUUUCUCACCUUCUUCGAGACCACCAGCCAGCAGUCUUGUGUCCAGCCGAGAGUCGUGAUGAUCGACACAGAGCCCACGGUUAUUGAUGAAAUCCGUACGGGCGCCUAUAAGAAUCUCUUUCAUCCGGACACUCUCAUCACUGGGAAGGAUGACAGCGGCAGCAACUUUUCACGGGGCUAUAAUCUGAUGGCCAGUGAGCUGUUGGAUCGCUCGAUGAAUGCCAUUCGACGGGUGGCCGAUCGCUGCCGGGGUCUCAGGGGUUUCCUGGUCUAUCGGGCGAUUGGCGGUGGCUCGGGCUCGGGUCUGGGGACACGCAUCAUGGAGAAGCUGGUGGAGGAUUUUGGCAAGAAGAUGACCAUAGUGGAGUUUCUGGUGUAUCCUUCGCCUUCGAUAUCCCCUGUGAUUGUGGAGCCCUACAAUGCCCUGCUGGCCACACACUUCUCCAUGGACUGUGCGGACGUGUCUUUUAUUGUGGACAACGAGGCGCUGUAUGAUAUCUGUGCGAAUACCCUCAAUGUACCCGCCCCGACCUACACCAAUCUGAAUCGCAUCAUUGGCCAGGUGGUGUCGGGCUUUACGGCCUCGCAGCGCUUUGGCGGACAGUCGAGCGUGAGUUUUCAGGAGCUGCAAACGAAUCUGGUGCCGUAUCCGCGCAUCCACUAUCCGCUGAUCAACUAUGCCCCCCUGGUGCCCCACUCGCACGCGCAGUUCGUGAACAUGUCGACGGCCCAGCUGACGGGGCAGUGCUUUCAGAUGAGCAACCAAAUGGUGCGCUGCAAUCCGUCGCACGGCAAGUACAUGGCCUGUGUGCUGCUCUAUCGCGGUGACAUUGCCACCAACGAGAUCAACCUGGCGCUGGAGAACAUCAAGAGGUCGAGAUCGUUUCGGUUUGUGGACUGGUCGCCCACCGGCUUCAAGGUAGGCGUCAGCAACAUGCCGCCGGCAUACGUGCCCGGCGGCGAUCUGGCGCCCACAAACAGCGCCUGCGUGGCCGUCUCGAACAACACGAACAUACGGAUCGCCUGGUGCCGGCUGGUCAAUAAGUUCGAUAAGCUGUAUCAGAGGCGCGCCUUUGUCUACCAUUAUGUGGGCGAGGGCCUCGAGGAGGGGAACUUCGCCGAGGCCUCCGAGAAUAUCUGCCAGCUAGUCCACGAUUAUCUCGAGGUGGAUGCCUCGGCACCGAACUCGCGACGCGGCACCGACGCCGACAAUGGCGGUUCAACGGGCUCCAAUUGAUGUUGUGUUCUUUCUCUUCCCCCAAAAUAUAAACCAAAAUUUGACUGUGAAGAAAA